UUAUGCUCUAACCGAGAAUGGAGAAAUUCGCACCACAUAAAGAUGUCAAAAUGUCAAGAGAAUAUAAACAAAGUUCAAGUUUAUCAACAUCAUGUCAUAUUCGCAUAUUUAGCAGAGCUCCAGCUCCAUAAAAUUCCAAGUGCUGUUUACCAUCUUAUUCAAGCCAGCUAUGGUUAUUUUGGAUAGAAAAGUAGAUGAUGAAGAGACACACGACGAUGAUGAUGAUGGAAGGCCGACCAGGGAUUAUGAAACAGACGAUUGUGGUUGCGGUCAAGACAGAAUAGAAUCCAAAGAAGCUGUAACACCUAAAAAAAAUUAUAAGACUUCCGAACUCAUCUCUUCAUCAGAUCGCAGCUGUACUGGAGUACCAGAAAUUGAGGAACAAUACAGUACUUGCAAAAAUUGUGAAUUGCUUACAAAUAAAACCAGAAAUAUUAAAUUAACAAGUGCUAGUACAUCAAACAAUCCACAUGAUGUUAAAAUGAUGGAAGUUAUUAGGAAAGCACAACAGAAAGACAGAGCACAAGAAAAACCGUGUGAACAUUGUGAAUAUUCAAAAUAUCUCAAAAUAAGUAAUAGAGAAAAACAUUGUUGUUUAGGAGGUGAACCGUCGACUUCCACACCGGUAAUGAAUCAUUACGAUGAACAAAAUCGAAGAAAAACUAGGAAAAUGCCAUGUAAUCAAUGCGGUAGCCAGGAAAAAUGUAAUAAAAAUGAAAAAAUACAUAACUUUGGGGACAAACCGACUCGUGACUUAAAAAUCCAAAGAAAAGCUGACGACUGUUUCAAAAUCAUUCAAAAAACUCUUGCGCAAAUGGAGGCUCGUGCGCAGGGCAACAAAUUUGGAGGUGAUGUCUGUAAUAAUGAACUCUGUAGUAAAUUAAGUAUUGUAAAUAAUUGUAUCAGAAACGUAUCGCUAACUUCAGUCCCAUCGUCCAGUAAAAUAGCAGAGCCGAUUAACAAUAUGCCAGAAGAUGUGCAUCGGUUUAUUCGUAACAAAAUUAUAGAAAAAACACCAAGAAAUGACUUGUAUGCCGAAGAAGUAACAGUAGCUGUGUUGGAUUGGUCAAAUAAAAUACCAAUUUACCCAGGGCAAAAUGGAUGUAAGCUUUCAUUAAAAAAAGAAAAUAUUGAAAUGCUAAUACGUAAUAUACUGAAACUUUCUAAACAUAUCAAUGAUAGUGAUUACGAAUAUCUCGUGAUAGUUUCUAUUGAAAAAUGUCUAGAAGCAUUACCAUUAUGGUUUCCAGCUGAAAGAAGAGAUGCAGUUGAGUAUAAAAACGAAAUCAUGCGUGAUUUACUAGAGGCAGUAAAUAAAAUCAAUAAUAAAUUACUGAGGCAGAAGUUUCGAGAAUGCUGCAUACACGUUGCCACCGAGAAAGAGCUAAUGAAUAGAUUUUAUCUCAAGGCAUAUCACAAUACAAAACAAAAUGAAAGUGCAGAUCGGAAAAGACGACUGAACCUCAAGGAUUUCCUUCACAGAGUGGAGUUCCUCAACAGGACAGAAGUGCAGAAUUAA